CAAAAAUGUGGAAUUGGAUCAUACUACAAUUCAACAGACUUAUUGUGUGAUAACCAAUUUGACAUCAACGAGGAAUCACUAACCACAAAUUUAUCGCCACCAUCGGACAAAAUUUAUUAAAUGUUUGAUUAAAAACCUGAACAUGUGCAGUCAAUUACGUCAGUUAUGGGUCAAAGAAGAUGGUCCCGAUCCGUCCUACGUCGACCUCUUCGAUGAUUUCAGAAGUACACUUAUUUUCCGUGAAAAUAUCUUGGAGCAAAUAAACGUGGAUGAAGUUCAGAAGGACGAUAACUUAGCAGAACAGUAUCGACAAUGUGGAAACAGAUGCACUGACAAGAAUGACUUUAAAGCCGCCAUCGAACAUUAUAACAAAAGUGUAUGUUUUGCGGAAAAUCAAAUGGUUGCCAGUUUUGCAUUUGCGAAUCGAGCUUUUUGUUUCCUUAAAUUGGAAAUGUAUGAUGAAUGCUUAAGCGACAUCGAAAUAGCAGUGAGAGCUAAAUAUCCGACAAAUCUAAUGCCGAAAUUAGUGCGACGGAGAGAAACUUGUUUGAACCGAAUGGCAUCUAGCAAACGGACACCAUUCGAACCGCAACUAAGUUUUCCUGCUGACGAUAGAGCACGAUCGAUGGCAAAUGUGUUAGCACUUCGGAGAAAUCAGCAAUUUGGCCGACAUUUAGUGGCUAAGUGUGACAUUGAAGAAGAUCAGAUUGUGAUAAUCGAAGAGGCAUUGGUGACAUUGGUCGAUGACAAUAAUAAAUACAAAAGAUGUAGCACUUGCUUGAAGGAAUAUACCAGCACAAUUCCGUGUGGAAAUUGUACGAAGGUAUUGUUUUGCAGAAGAUGCAUGAACAGUGUUGACUUACACCAAUAUGAGUGUAGCAUGAAGCACCUGAAACUUUUCGUCGGAAGAACAGGAAAUGUGACUGCAAAUUGUGUGAAAUUUGUGAUUCGAACGAUUGUGAGGGCGCUGGAAGUGUUUUCAUCAGCUGACUCACUAAUGGAAUUUGAUGAAUUGUUACGAAAAGACCAUAAUGCGAAUCACCUCAUUCUGUCUGACGGAUCAUUCGAAGCAGUUCUGGGAAUAUUUCUAACGCUGCAUCACCUCGUACCUUAUGAAACUGGACAGAUCAAAAUUAUGAUCAUUUCGUGCAUCGUCUACGACUCCAUAAUAAAUCAUUCAGAGCUGAAAACCCAUUUUCUGACACAGAAACUUCAACGAUUUUUGAUGCAUUUGGUGACUCAGCUCACUUCAAUGUUUACGGCAAAUAAUAUUUUGUUGCAAGAUUGGAGCGAUAAACUGACCGACUUAAUCGAUCACAAUUCAAUGGAAACAUUUGGUGUCGGUUUGUUCAAUAUUUCUUCGUACAUAAAUCACGCUUGUAUGCCAAAUGUUGUUCGACUGACGGUAACCGGUCAUACGGUAAUUAAGACUCUUCGUCCGAUCAAGCAAGGGGAACAGCUCUUCGUACGAUAUGCAAUCGAUCCGAAUUGGACGACGUCUCAACGACAACAGCAGUUGUUGAACAUUUGUGGAUUCCAAUGUACAUGCAAAAUGUGUCUAUCUAAUGGGCCACUGAAGUCCGAGGUUUCGGUCAUAACUGAAGAGUUAGCAGACUUGACCGUUGAGCUCAGUCCAUUAAUAUUGCUUCGCGUGAAGGACACGCACAGAUGGACAGCGUUAAAAGAAAAAUUGUUCCAAUUUACCAAGAAGUACGAAAAUUUGCCGGUGUCGAAAAGUAUUAUUCUGUCUUACGAGUACAUCAAGAUGAUAUUGAUGCGAGAAUUGUCGUCGUGUGCUGCACAGUUUUAAAGAGACGAUCAUCAUUUUUCUUGUUGAAGAAAUGUUUUCUAAAAUGUUUGUCGAACUAAACUUAAUUUCAGAUUUAACUUUUUGACUUGCCAUUAUAAAUGUUCCAUUCGUUUCUAUAUUUUGAAUAAAUAUUUUUUUCGUAACC